UUCCUUUGAUAACGUCAGACAGGAAAAGCUUCGUGUGUGUCGCCGCUCAAACAAGGCGGUCAACCUCGCAGAUUCUGUCGGACUCACCGUAGCUUCACUGGCGCUUCAAGUCUCCCAGCUCGCCCUGCCCUGCCCUGCCGCGCCAUAGAAGCGUGUGGGCGGGGCGCGCCGAACAGACAAGCGCUACCGCCAGACAGCGCGAAUCGCGGAAUACGUCUUCAUGUUUUUCACCUCUCAAGUUUUUUGAGGCGCUCCACUGGAUUUUAAGAAGGAAGACUGGCUUGACCUUCUUGUUACUUGGGAUCAGAAAGAUGAACCCGGCAGGGUAUUUGGUGGUAGAUGGCGUUCUCCUCGCCUCACAACCAUUGAGGCAUUGUCAGUGUUUUUGAGUUUUGUUUUUUAUUUGUCUAAGUUGGGUGCAGGUAAAGGAGAAGUGAUUUUUGUUUUGUUUUCCACGAAGACAUGGAUGAUAAAUCAUUUGUAGAACUAGCAGCGAGCGCACGGAAGCCUCCUUCUUCUGACGGCGAGAGACUGGGAGCAGCAGAUGUGAAUGGGGAGCUGCAGAAGCAGGAGGGUAGCGAGUCAGGACAGCAACAGGAGCCUCCGAUGGACGAACAGGACACCGAACUUGAAGACCAGGAAGUGGAAGACCAAAUAUUGGAUCACAUUUUACAUCCUCCUAUAUCCUUGCGCAAGUCCAGCAACCCUGAGGUGUCUUAUGGUUCAGGAAAGGCUUUAAAAUUCAAACGCCAGCUCAGUGAAGAUGGAAAACAAUAUAGAAGAGGAAGUCUUGGUGGAGCUCUGACAGGCAAGUAUCUGUUGCCUUAUGCUUCAGCUCAGCAGUCAUGGCAGAGUUCUUCAGAGACUUCCAACUUGGUACGCAUGCGUUCUCAAACUCUUGGUCAAUCCGCACCUUCUCUCACUGCGAGCUUGAAGGAACUUAGCCUUCCAAGAAGAGGGAGUUUCCUCACUCCCAGAAGUUUGAGUCCAACUCCCACAAGUCCCUGCAGCCCAUGCAGCCCACUACAUGCAUUUCACUUUUGGAGCUGCAGAACCAGUAAUAGAAAAAAUCGGAUUGGAAGUGGCCAGACGUCAGCUCUUCCUCGUCCUCACUCUCCCCUUUCCGCUCAUACAGGAACAAGCCCUCAAGACAGUCCAAGAAAUUUCUCUCCUAGUGCCUCCAUCCAUUUCACUUUUGCACGAAGAACUGAUGGAAGACGUUGGUCUUUGGCAUCACUUCCCUCUUCAGGUUAUGGAACCAAUACACCAAGUUCAACAGUUUCAUCAUCCUGCUCCUCACAGGACAGGCUUCAUCAGCUUCCAUAUCAACCAACAGCUGAUGAAUUACACUUUCUGUCUAAACAUUUCUGUACAGAAAGUAUUGCUGGAAAUGAAACCCGGCGAUCAACACCAAUGCGGCCACGAUCCCGGAGUCUCAGUCCUGGACGAUCACCAGCCUGCUGUGACCAUGAAAUUAUUAUGAUGAACCAUGUUUAUAAAGAACGGUUUCCAAAGGCCACAGCUCAAAUGGAAGAGAGAAUUCAAGAAAUUAUCAGAAACAACUCCCUGGACAGUAUGCUCCCUCUGGCAGAUGGAGUCCUCAGUUUUGCUCAUCAUCAGAUCAUUGAACUGGCACGAGAUUGCUUAGAAAAAUCCCGCCAGGGACUCAUCACUUCCAGAUACUUCUUUGAGCUGCAAGAGAAAUUGGAAAAGUUGUGCCAAGAGUCACAAGAACGUUCUGAAAGUGGAGAGGUAACUUUCAUAAAAGAUCUUGUCAAAAAAAUUCUGAUUGCCAUCGCCAGGCCUGCUAGACUACUCGAGUGCCUGGAAUUUGACCCAGAGGAAUUUUAUCAUCUUCUGGAAGCAGCAGAAGGACAUGCUAAAGAAGGUCAAGGCAUCAAAACAGAUAUCCCACGUUACAUUAUUAGUCAACUGGGCCUCACCAGAGAUCCUCUUGAAGAAAUUGCUCAGCUAGCAUCUUAUGAUAGUGGAACUGCAGAAACACCAGAAACUGACGAAUCUGUUAGUUCCCAAAGUUUGAGCAGCUCUCUGAAAUCACAGCAUAAGCCUUGUGAAAGUGAUUUUAAGAUGAUUAAAUUGAUCAGUAAUGGUGCAUAUGGAGCUGUAUAUUUGGUACGUCAUAAGGAGUCAAAACAGAGGUUUGCAAUGAAGAAAAUCAACAAGCAGAACUUGAUUUUACGAAAUCAGAUCCAGCAAGCCUUUGUUGAGCGAGACAUCUUGACUUUUGCAGAAAAUCCAUUUGUUGUGAGCAUGUACUGCUCAUUUGAAACAAAACGACAUUUAUGCAUGGUCAUGGAAUAUGUUGAAGGAGGAGACUGUGCUACUUUAUUGAAGAACAUAGGCCCACUGCCAGUGGACAUGGCAAGAAUGUAUUUUGCUGAGACUGUUCUUGCUUUGGAAUACCUUCAUAAUUAUGGCAUAGUCCACAGGGACUUGAAACCGGACAAUCUUCUUGUAACAUUAAUGGGCCACAUCAAGCUUACUGACUUUGGGCUGUCAAAGGUGGGAUUAAUGAACAUGACAACGAACCUGUAUGAGGGCCAUGUUGGAAAGGACACUAGAGAAUUUUUAGAUAAACAGGUUUGUGGAACCCCAGAAUAUAUUGCACCAGAAGUCAUUCUGAGGCAGGGGUAUGGCAAACCAGUGGACUGGUGGGCAAUGGGAAUUAUUUUGUAUGAGUUUCUGGUGGGGCUAGUGCCAUUCUUUGCCCAGACUCCAGAGGAUCUUUUUGGACAAGUUAUAAGUGAUGAAAUCAAUUGGCCCGAAGGUGAAGAAGCAUUACCUCCAGAUGCUCAAGAGCUGAUCACAUUAUUGUUAAGACAAAACCCUUUAGAAAGGUUUGGGACAGGGGGAGCAUAUGAAGUAAAGCAACAUCAGUUUUUUCACAACCUGGACUGGAACAGUCUGCUACGGCAAAAAGCUGAAUUUAUCCCUCAAUUGGAGUCUGAAGAUGAUACCAGCUAUUUUGAUACUCGGUCAGAAAGGUAUCAUCAUUUGGAAACUGAGGAGGAAGAUGACACAAAUGAUGAAGAUUUUAAUUUGGAAAUCGGAAAGUUUUCAUCUUGUUCAAACCGUUUUUCUAAAGUCUACAGAAGUAUGGACCAAAUAUCUCGUAAUCAAGGAGAGGAAAAGGGAGAUAGUGGAGACAAAACCAAAAGUGGGAGUCCUCUGACUGUGGAUUCCCUAAGCUGGACUCCAGAGUUUAGUGAAAUGCCCUCACUCUCCCACUCUUCAGACACAGAGAGCACUAGUCAAGGGUGCCGGUCAGGACUGCUUCCAAAAUUUGCUAUUUCUGCAGAAACAGAAGAAGGGGAAGAAUCUGUGAGCCCGGGACACUCUGAUAAAGUUGGUUUCACUAUUGGUGAACUUCCACAUGAUGAGACAGAUGCAAUUACCCCUGGAAGCACACUGAGUGACUCCACACUUUCAGUGGCCAGUUUUUCAGAAACCCUUGAUCAAAAUCAUGCAAGGAGUGAAGGUGUGGACAGUCCAGACAGCACUUCAAAGGAGCCAGGAGACCUCAUAGCACAUUCAAGAUUAGAUGGUGGAGAAAAAACUAGAAUCACAAGCAAAGUUACAAAGUCAGUUUCUACCAGUGCACUCUCCCUCAAGAUUCCUGGAGAUGCUUUUGGUAUUUCUCCUCUUGGCAGCCCAAUGUCACCUCACUCCUUGUCUUCAGAUCCCUCUUCAAGGGAUUCUUCCCCUAGUCGUGAUUCAUCAGUUUGUUCUGUCAGUCCCAGGCAGCCAAUCAUCAUCCACAGUUCAGGAAAGAAGUUUGGCUUUACCCUUCGUGCAAUCCGAGUUUAUGCCUGUGACAGUGAUAUCUACAGGGUGUACCAUAUGGUGUUGAGUGUUGAGGAAGGUGGCCCUGCUCAGCUAGCUGGUUUGAAGGCUAAUGACCUCAUUACACAUGUUAAUGGUGAACCGGUCCAUGGACUUGUUCACACUGAAGUGGUGGAACUGCUGUUAAAGAGUGGAAGCAAAGUUGCUAUUACAACAACUCCAUUUGAGAACACAUCCAUUAAAACUGGCCCUGCAAGGAGAAACAGCUAUAAAAGUAAAAUGGUGAGACACAGCAAGAAACCUAAGAAAAAAGAGACACAGGAAAGGAAGCGAUCCAUGGGUAGACGUUUUGGAAUGCAGCCUUCUCCUCUACUCCAUACAAGUAGGAGCUACUCUUGUUUAAACCGGUCACUCUCGUCAGGUGAAAGUUUGCCUGGGUCUCCAACACAUAGUCUGUCCCCAAGGUCACCUACUGCUGGUUUUCGCUCCACCCCAGACUUUAAUCAGUCAGCUGGUAAUUCUUCUCAGAGUAGUUCUCCCAGCUCAAGUGCUCCUAACUCCCCUGCUGGUUCUGGACAUAUUCGGCCUAGCACACUUCAUGGGCUGGGUCCAAAGCUGACUGGGCAGAGAUACAGGCAGGGUCGUCGAAAAUCAGCAGGAAGUAUUCCCCUUUCUCCACUUGCCCGUACUCCUUCUCCUACACCUCAGCCAACAUCACCUCAGCGGUCCCCUUCACCACUUUUGGGUCAUUGUGUUGGCAGCUCCAAAACAACACAAACAUUUCCUAGUAAAAUGCAUUCCCCACCAACCAUUGUAAGACACAUGGUAAGACCCAAGAGUGCUGAACCACCAAGGUCUCCCCUGCUUAAAAGGGUUCAGUCUGAAGAGAAGCUUUCUCCAUCUUAUGCCAGUGACAAAAAGCACUUGUGCCCUCGUAAACACAGUUUGGAAGUGACUCAGGAGGAGGCACAGAAAGAAUCAUUUAAUAAGGACCAUAAUCUGCAGAGUCUUGAUGAAAUAUCUUCUGAAGCUCCAGCGAUUACUCGUGUCCGUCCCGCUGAACAAGGUUGCCUCAAGCGGCCUGCUACUCGAAAAAUUGGGAGGCAAGAAUCUGUUGAAGAACUUGACAAAGACAAGCUUAAAGUGAAAGUGGUUAUGAAGAGACAGGACUGGGCUGAGCGGCGGGAAUCGCUGCAGAAACAGGAUGCCUUUCAGGAAUGUAGUUGUGAACCAGAGCCUGCAUCCUUUGCUGGAUCUGAGGAUAAGGAAAGAAAUACCACAUCUAGAAUUGGACAAAGAUUUCUGGGAUCUGUGGAGAGUAACUUGCCAGACAGCCAUGCUGCGACUCUUAAUCCAAAGGACAGUUUGUACAAAAAGCUUAACACUAAAGUUUGUGAUAACAUUUCAGAUCAACAGACCCUUUUCUUUGGAAUGAUGAGCAGGAGUAAUGAGCCAAGUUCAGAUAGCACCAGAUUGACAUCUAAUACAGCGUUACAAGAGCGGCCACCUCCAACAGCUGAAAGGCAUUACAAAGAUAACAUAGAGCAACUAGCAAGGCAAGCAAAGGAAAUUUGUAAAUCAGAAAAACUUGAGGCCAAAGCCCCCAAUAUCGAACUUGUCAGAAAGAAGCAGUCUUUCGAAGAAAGAGAUGAUUAUUUGUGUUCUGCUCCCAAAACUCGCAUUUCUCCUCCUGUACAUGAAGGUAGACACUUAGCUGGAGCAAGGUCAAAAAGCUUACAAUUGGAAUCUUCUGUGCCUAUAGAUCUUAGCAAAAAUGCCAUUCACAUGGUUCCCACAGUAAGUGCAGAGCCACUUCCUCAAAAACUGCUGAGUGGAAGGGGGGAGAGUGCUGUUGAAAAACUUCACUUAAUCUCAGGAACAGAGGGCCCUAUCAGAAAAACAUCCUCUGAAUAUAAACUAGAAGGAAGAUCUGUGUCAACAUUAAAACCACUGGAAGGUACUCUGGACAUAGCUAUACUGUCUGGGCCAAGGACUUCAAAAACAGAUAGCUGCUUAUCAAAAGCCAUAGAGAACCAAGUCAGCUUAUCCCACCCUAUGUCACCAGAACCAAAGAAACUGUCUGGGCCUCUCUUGGACACUGGGAAACAUCAAGCAAUUGUGCAGCAAAGUGACAUCAAACAGGUCUUAGACCCUGAAAGCAAUGUUAGUAUGCCGGUGGUGAAAGAGGCAUCGGACAAGUGCUUAAAGAAGGAUGUGCAAAAAGCAGAAGCAGACCGAAUUGUGAUUACAUUGAAGGGUUGCAGCACAGAAGAGUCUUUAGAUUCAACAGCUGAUACAUGUAAUCUUGAAAAAAGUGCAAAGGUGACAAUUGAAAAUCAAACUGACCUUCAAGAAAUGCUGAAAUCUUCAAUUACAAAAGGCUGCAGUGAACGAUUAAUAGAUGAAAGACAAGACCUGGACAAAUCCAACAAGCUAUAUAACCUGAAAGAAGAAAGUAAGAUGGAUGGGAAAAAACAAAACCUUGCUUCCAGUACAUCCAAAGGAAAAAUUCAACAAGCUACACUGCAGAAUUUCCUGGUAAUAAAUAAAGAAAAGCGUAGUGCCGAACUACAACCUCCAGACUUAAUGAAGCAAAACUGUGAUGUAAAUUUGAAUGUAAGCAGCAAAGAUCUCUGUCAGAAAAUUGUAGGUGAAAGUGCUCAGAGUUGUCAGACCGUUCUUGGUGUUUCAGAAGAGGGCGUCUCAGUGGUUCCAGAAGUAUUGAAUCAGAACAGAGAGAAACAAAGGGCUAUUACAAAUGCAAUUAAAUCUUGUCCUCCUCAAACAUCUUCCUCCAUUAUCACUACAUCAGAUGUUAAAGGAAAUAUAGUCCAAGCCAUGCCAACACAAUUGUGUCCUUCUCAGGUGCGGAGCGCUAAUGAAACUGAAGGAAGCACAGCAGUAAAAGUAGAGAAUACUUCAUCCACUUCACCUGCUGUGAAAGAACAAAAAUGUUUAAUAAGCACUGUGGUCAAAAAGAUGGAUGCCAACCUUCAGGAGUCAAAAACUGAAAAAGCUAAGGACACCUCUUUAAAUCCACCAGAUUCUUUGUCCAAGCUGGUUGCAAUUCAGACUGCUGGCAAUGCUAAUAUAUACAAAGCUGCACAGUGCAACAACUUGAAACAAAACAAAAAUAACAACAGUCCAAAAAUGUGCAUCAGUAAGUUGGAGGAGUCAGGGGGGCAGAUAAAUAAACUGAAAACCUCAGUGGCUGAUCCGAGACCUCAAGCAAAGCCUAAUGUACCUAAACGGGCUUGCCAGGAAUCUGAGUUGACACUCCAAAAAAAGCAGACUGCUCAUGUUAGUGCAAAGGAUUCGAUUAAUUCACCACAAGUGUCCACAGCAUCAGUUGAUGUAUGUAAGAAAACUGCUAUGAGGGAGAAGACAUCUAAAUGUGAGCGAAGAGAUGAGGGACAGCUUGGGUCAAAUCAUGGUGUAGAUCCCGAGAGUGAUUUGAAGAAAUCUGAAUGUAAAAACUCUGAAAAGAAUGCACUAAGGGAAAACCUGGAAGGGAAACGCAAAGAGAACUCCAGCUCAGGCAGACCAGCAACUCAAAAAGAGGCAGCGAAAACCACAAGUAGUAUGAAUAUUACACCUGCAAUGAACCAAGCCUCUAGUGACAAAAAGCAUGACACACACAAGCACAGCGAAGCACUUUCAUUCAAAAGCAACAGUGUGGUGGAGGUGAAAUCUGUAAACCAUGCCUCAAUUACUUUUGGAAAGGGCACUAAGAGCCCAGGGGACAGCUCAAGGCAUGAUGCUGAGAAAUCACAAGAAUUUUGUAAGCCUGUCAGCAAUGCCCGAGCUGAUCACAAACAAGGGGUGAGCGAUAGUAAAAGAGGAAGCCUAGAGGAUACAGCACCGUUUCCUAAAAAAGAGAUUGCUGACUGUAAAGGGAAAGAGACCACUCCAUCCCAGGGUGCAUCAUUAAAAAAGAACUCCCGAGAUUUAGCAAGAGUCACCCCAGUAAUGCAAGAAAACCACUCUUCUAACUCCCAACAAGAGAAAGAUACAAGCCAUUCAAAGAAACCAUCUGCUUCAUCACGCAGCAGUCCCCACAGGAAAAGUCAGCAAGGGAAUGCAGGCACAUGAGAAGCAUGAAAGAGUCAAAGUGACCAAUGCCACGAACCACUUCUUGUUUUGUUACCUUUCAGAACUGCACUGCUUAGUUUAUGAAACAAAAAUGAAGCUUACAUACUUUAGUAGGUGCGCAAUAUCAUCUUAGGUGUAAUAGGAAACCUUUUUUCUAUAUGCCUUCUUUAUUCAGAACCGGUGAAACUGUUACCAUAUAGUAUUUGUACAGUGUCUUUCGUGUAAUUGAGUUUGUUGAUUGCGCUGAUAUUAAUGGAAGAGUGUGAGUGCUUGAGUGAGAGAGUGACUUGAAAUGUUUAUUCAAUGUAAAUAUUUAAAAACUAAAAAUAAGUUAAAGAUUUGAUUGUAGGCAACAUUUUUGCUGCUGAUUUCAUCAUUUACCAAAAGUAACUUUAUUUUUUACUACCUGCUACUUUCUUUAAAUCCUCUGUGCUAAUAAAGAAAAGAAAAAAAUGUCACUGUAUGAUAAGAAAAAAAAAAGAAAGCAUAAGUACAGCAGAGUUUUUUUGUGGUACAUGUGUCAUUUCAUUUUACAUGAGGCCUUUUCAGUUAUAGAAUUGUGUGUGCCAAUUUUGGGUGCUUUAAUGUUGCACUGUUUGUACAAUUCUGGGACCAUCAAACCAAUCAUCUAUCAUCUGUAAAUCUGUGCUUAGUGGGAAUACUUGGGUAAGAGAAAUCUCUCUUUUGUUCAUUAGUUUCUUAUUAUUUUUAACCUCCAGAAUAUUUAGAAUGUGCAGUUAUUUUGCUAAAUGAAAUACAAGCUCAUCGGUUAUAGAUCGGUAUAGUACCUGCUGGUUUGGAUUUGGAACCAUUCAUUGCAGAAUCCAUUAUUCAUAUGAAGGCAAAGUAUUGCAUCUACUAGAAUGGGGCCUUAUGUUUUCUGGGGGAUGCUUUUUUGUUUGUUCUUUUUUUUUUUUUUUUUACAAGAGUAAGUGAUUUUUCACAUUCCUUUAAAACGCAUUAAGAGGGUCUUUAAAAGUUAUUCUGGUAACAUUUUGUAUGGAAAAAAUGUAAAUAUUACAGUAUGACAAUGCUACUUGAUAAAUAAUUAGAGAUUUAACAGAAUUAUUUAAGAUAUGAAUGUGUUUUUUUUUUUGGCAAAACGAUUCUUUUUUUAUAUUAUGCAGUUUGUAAUACUACUGUUAUGUACUGUUGCAUCUCUUGUUAAUUUGCAUUUCCCUCUCUAAGCUAGUAUGCUGCUUGACAUCAUCUUCAAGUUAAGGCAUUGCCAACCAUGCACAAAGGCUCUUGUGUCAUAUUUAUUUGAAACCCCUUGACUAUGAAUGUGACAACAUCCUUAAAACGCUAUGACAUGGGAACCAGGAGAUUAGGCAGAACUUGUAUUUGUUUCAUGUUUAAGGAAGCUAGAGACUUGAAUGUUUUUUUUUGCUUUUAAGGUAGGCACAAUUUAUCUUAGAAGUUUGUUUCAAAAGAUCCUCCAGAGAUUCCCAGCAACCCUUUAAGAAGUUUCUACUCCAACCAGAGUACCGUAUCUAGAUGUAUGCAUAGUGUUUGGUUAAGAUCAAAAUGUUCACAUGCUUGGUGUCCUUUUGGAAGUGGUAGAAUAUUCUGAUUCAUCUUUAUUAAUAUUUUACCCACUGAAAUACAGGAUGGCUGCACAAAAAGAAGCUGUUUUAUGGCCAUGAAUUGCAUUGCAUAUCUAUAUUUAUAACAACAUGCAGAAACUGACUUUGGAUUAUAAGCAUUUAAUUAUAUCGGACCCCCUUUCCACUUGUUCUAUACUGUUUUUACUGUUUAAGAUUUCAGGACUAGAAAAGCAGGGAUAAAGGAGAGAGAAAUGUGCACUUUAUCUGCCACAUGGGUAAUCCUUUUUUAUUCAAAAAACAAUGAAAAAAUUAAUUUGUAUGUGUUGUAUUAUUUUGUAUCUUAUUGUUUGAACCAAUGAGAAUUGCAUAUUAGAUUGUUGAAACAAAUCACAAAGUGCAAUGCCCAGUAAUUUAAAAGGCCAGCUGUAAAGUUAAGGCACUUUUAACCCCUAAUAUCUUUAAGUGCAUUGAUGAUUUGUUUACAGCUAUAUCACAGUUGUUUGUUCUAAACUUUGCAUAUCAGUCUGCCAAAUGUCUGUGUUGCAUUUGGAAACCCCACAGAGCAUAGCUUGUAUUAGUGUAACACAUCUUUGUGGUUCAUCUUACCAGCAAGCUGUGAAGUAGAACACUGUCAAACUGUGUGGUAUCCAGUUCGAGUCUCUGUAAAAUUGUCAAAGUUCUAAAUGUUUUUGCCCAUUGUUGACUUGUGUUAUCCGCUGUAGAUGGACUUGCAUAUAUAUGGGGUUGUCUUUUAGGAUCUGUGCAAUAAAAAGUGUUUGCAGUUUGUAUUUUCUUUAAAAAAAAAAUCUCUAUGGGUGUCAUAUGUUGUAUAUUAAAAAAGAUAUUUAUACUUCUACCGUUGCAUAACACUAAAAUAAAAAGCAUGAGUUAC